AUGGACGGCGCCACGGACGGCGCCACGGACAAGCUGUUUGGUAGACGAAAGCAAGUUUCGCCAACCCGUGUUGCGAAUGCUUCUGCCAUCUUUGUGCAUGCGGGUGCAGGCUAUCACAGCACCACAAACGAACAUAUCCAUCUAUCGGCUUGCGACAAUGCUGCGAGAAUGGCAAUGCGCAUACUAAAAGCAGGAGGAACAGCUGUUGAUGCAGUUGAGGCGGCAAUCAAAGUCUUGGAGGACAGAGAAAUCACCAAUGCUGGGUUUGGAAGCAAUUUGGCUAUCGAUGGUGUAGUUGAAUGUGAUGCUACCAUCGUUGAUCACAUGGGUAGGAGCGGCGCUUGUGGGGCUGCAGCUCAGAUCAAAAACCCCAUCAACUUAGCCCGAGCCAUCCUAGACGCCUCCAACAAGCCACUGUCUCUUCGAAGAGUACCCCCGAAUCUUCUCGUUGGCCAAGGAGCUACCGACUUUGCCUGGGAACAAGGAAUUCCUGUAGUUCCACACGAAAUACUUGUCUCCAGGAAUGCCCGCGACCGGUUUUUGCGCUGGCGAGAAGACUUGAAGCGUGCGGAAGGUCGAUUGACACCAAAUUCAAGUACCCGUGGUAGUCAGGCAGGGGAGGAUGAGCAGUUGAACUUGCAGUACGAAGAGCAACUUCGUGCCAAGCAACGUCGAGAUCAUACUAAUGCUAUCUUGAGCGGUACAUGGAACGAAGGACAACCAGACUCUCCAUCUCCACAGGUUGCUCCGGGACUCGACGUUUUUGCACAAGACGCAUCGGCUCGAGGUCGAUCGCCUAGUCCCGGAGCAGGAGCGCAAUAUCGCAAUCCUCGCAUCCACCAACUCUCACCAACGGGCUCGAACAACAAGCGUCCUCGAUAUAGUCGACAAGCGAGCGAUGAUCGACGUACACAUUCUUUGCUCAGCCCUAAUGCAGGCACCAAAACCCCGGCAGACGUGGUCAUCACUGGAAGCGAGACAUUGUUGUCUGAGCAUAGACCCGGCAGCAGUGACGGCAAUAUGUCACCACGGAAUGACGUUGAAGGACCUCCUGGCUCUAGUGCAUUCUUCCAGGAAGGUACAGCAGAGUCUCCUUCGAAACCUUUUGAAGCCGACGACGACCUCAUUACAGAUACCGUGGGAGCUAUCGCCAUUGACAUGUAUGGUCAUAUUGCUGCAGGUUCCUCUUCUGGUGGCAUUGGGAUGAAACACCGUGGUCGUGUUGGCCCUGCUGCUCUCGUUGGAGUUGGUUCUGCUGUAAUUCCCGCCGAUGUUGGAGACGAAGACGGUAUCUCCGUGGCAGCGGUGACCAGUGGAACCGGUGAGCAUAUGGCAACAACAAUGGCUUCUCAGAAAUGUGCCGAGAGACUUUACCAUAACACGAAGAGGGCUCCUGGAGGUGCGGACGCUGAGGCUACCGAAGAAGAGGCUAUGGAGGCUUUUGUGUGCACAGACUUUAUGCAACAUCCCGGGGUGGCCAACAGCAAUUCCGUCGGCGCAAUUGGCGUAAUGGCUGUGAAGAAGACUUCUUGGGGCUACUUCCUCCAUUUCGCACACAAUACGGACUCGUUCGCCCUAGCCUCAAUGAGUUCAAGCGAGACGGAAGCAAGAUGUGUCAUGUCGAGGUUGGGAGAUACCGGUUCCUGCGUCCGUGGCGCUCGCAAAAUUCGAAUCGACUAG